AUGGAGGAUGGAUCUCCGGCCUGGUCCCCGCCGGCAGCCAGCAGCGGUUAUGCCAGCGUCCAGCAGUGGUUCCUACUAGCAGCCAGCAGUAGUUUCUGCCAGCAGCCCGCAGCCAGCGUCCAGCAGCGGUCCCAGCCAGCGUCCAGCAACCAGCAGCGGUUCCUGUCAGCAGCCAGCAUCCAGCCGCAGUUCCUGCCAGCGUCCAGCAGCAGUUCCUACCAGAGUCCAGCAGUGGUUCCUGCCAACAGCCAGCGUCCAGCAGCCGUCCCAGCCAGCAGCCAGCAGCGGUUCCUCCCAGCAGCCAGCGUCCAGCUGCGGUCCCAGCCAGUGUCCAGCAGCAGCAAUAGCGUCCCCACCGGCCUGCCAGCCAGGGAGGAAGGGACACCCGAGGUAUCUAUGACAGCUGAUCCAGAGUUCAGGGUGGGGGAGGGAGCUGCCAAUCCACCAGGGGUUGGAGAGGGCCGGCGGCAGGCCCACGGGGAGACGGCAACCGUGGACAGGGAUGGUGACUCGAGGACCACCUCCACACCUGAAGGAGGUGUAAUGAGUGAUGUCAUGGUCACCACAUUGUAUGUGCUUGAAAUAGAAGCGUACACCACAUUGCUGAUAUUACUGGUCAAAACAGGUGGUUGGAGUCACGACUUUGCUAUGUCAAUCAACCUUUUAUGA